UGAGGAGUAUAAAGACGGUGGAGAAGGCUGGAGAGAGGCGCAGUGUGACCACACACACCCUGACACACUGCACCUUCAUCUGACUCCUGGACCUGCGAGAUACCCAAGUUACUAUUCACACAUCAGUAAAACUUUUUUUUUUUUUUCCCUCUCUCAGACUUAAAUAAGGAUAUACACAACGGGAGAGAAACAAAAUGUUGUGUGUGCGGAAUUCGGGUGACUGCUUCAGGGACCAGAUGAGGUACAUGAUACGCUCAAUGCAGGACCUGAAGCAGCUGCGGGAGCCCAGCGAACCCAACAAGUGCUCUUACGCAGUGACGCGAGCUUGCCAUAGGAGAGCGCUACAGCGGGAACAACUGGCCCGACUGCGGAUCUCCCAGUCCAGCGAUGGCAGCACCUACGACUCGGCUUGCUGUCUGGCGAGUCCACUGGAGGAAGAACAGGAUGAGGAAGAUGCAGUUGGUCAUCUGCCUCAGGGUUCACCGUGUAGUGAGAAGAGCGUGGACUUUGAUUCAGGAUAUUCCGAAGCGUCUUGGCAGGACGAGGGUGUGGUUCUACGCCGCACAAGGAACGUACGAGUUUCAUCCUCUGCCUGUGUCCGCACUAACCGCAUUCGGCCCAAAUCGACCUCGGACGCAUGCCUGGAACGCUGGACCUCGUUUGAGGCCAGCGAACCCGCGGACUGGACCGCAUCCCUUCUGACUAGAGGCCGCAACAGGCAGCCUCUCGUGCUGGGAGAUAACAGCUUUGCAGAUCUCAUUAAAAACUGGAUGGACCUUCCUGAGUGUCCUGAUGUGACUGAUUUAAAGCCCAACUCAAGCAGCAAACUAGCAAAAGACUUUCUAGUUAACGUGAGGCGGAAACUAGCCAUCAUGUCCAAGGGAAUAGAAGGACGAGGAAAGUCUGCUGAGUCUUGCACAAAGCGGAUGUCAUGUCCUGUAGGGUUUCAGAUUCCAAAGCCGUUCUUUCACCAGUCACACACUGGACUGCACCAGAUGGAAACAGACUUUUACCAGUUCAGUGCCCUCAUGAAGAGUGGGAGCAGACAGCCUAUCAUAUGCAAUGACAUUAUUGGCUAUAUCUAACGCCUUGCCAUAAAGAAGGAAGACUUGAUAAUAAUAAUACUGCAUAAUUAUUUUUAUAAAAGUAUGUGUACGUAAAAUAUAAAGUGGAAUAAAUGUUUUUGGAAAAUACUAAAAAGAUGUCGGUAAAUUAUUUCAAGUAUGUACAAGCUGACUGCGAUUGCCACAGUUUUGGACUCCACUAAACAGUUGCUAACUUCAAGAAUGUUAAAGCUAGAAUAAAUUUCUCAAGGUUUCUUCCUCGAAUCAUCUCAGGGAGUUUUUCCCUUUUGCUUGCUCAUUAGAAAUAAAAUAAAAUUUAUAGUUUAUACCCUCAAUUUACAUAUAUCUCUGUAAAACUACUUUGUCCAAAGUGCUAUACGAAUCAAAUUGAAACGAAACACUGGCAUUACUGCAAAUUAACUAAUAAAUGCAAAAUAUGUACAGAAAUUCACAUAGUAUGUCAAUGUCUUGAGCAUAAGAUCUGAUUUGUUGGGUUUUAAUGACUGUAUGAUCAUUAUCCUUAUCUCAGAUCAUGUUAAUGGUAGUGCUAUGGCUUUUUAAAAUCCACUCUAGAUUUACAU